GCUCCUUCUCAUAUACUCCCCGCUUCUUCGGUUUGGCCUGCUUCUGUUUAGUUUUUGCACGGACUUUGCUGGACAGGAUGGCGUUUAGGUGGUACCAAGCGAAACUCAAGACUGCGCCGCUGCUCACGCAGAGUAUUACGACUGCGGUCCUCUUCGCAACCGGCGAUGUAAUGGCGCAACAAGGCGUUGAGAAGCGCGGCGUGGAUAAACAUGAUUUGAUGCGUACGGGACGUAUGGCUGCUUAUGGUGGUGCGCUCUUCCUCUCCUCAAUGGCGUACCUCGAAGGCGCGUCGCCCCGCCAACGCCUGCGCGACGCUUAUCUCCCUGGCCUGACGAAGAACUUCAUGGUGUGGCCGUGGGUGCAGUUUACGAACUUCAAGUAUGUGCCCAUGGAGCAUCGGGUGCUGGUUGUGAAUGUGGUGAGCUUGGGGUGGAAUUGCUAUCUUAGUGGGUUGAAUGCGGGGGGUGGUGGGGGUGUGAAGGAGAAAGGGAAGGAGGGUGGGGAGUUACCUCCUUCGUAGGGGGUUGUGGGGUGGGAAGGGGGUGAAGGAUGGAUUGACUUCCGUACAUGCCAGCCAGUCAUCA